GGACCAGCUUACCUUAGUCAACUGAAUAUUCUGACUUCUCAGUCAACAUGAAGGCUCUCCUUAUUCUAGUGGUUCUUUUUUCCUCCACUGUCCAUAGCAAGAUAUUUGAACGUUGCGAAUUGGCCAGAACUCUAAAAAGAGGUGGAAUGGAUGGCUACAUGGGAAUCAGCCUAGCAAACUGGAUGUGUUUGGCCAAAUGGGAGAGCAGUUAUAACACACGAGCUACAAACUACAAUCGUGGAGACAAAAGCACUGACUAUGGGAUAUUUCAAAUCAAUAGCCGCUACUGGUGCAAUGAUGGCAAAACUCCAAGAGCAGUCAAUGCCUGUGGCAUAUCCUGCAAUGCUUUGUUGCAAGAUGACAUCACUCAAGCUAUAACUUGUGCAAAGAGGGUUGUUCGUGAUCCACAAGGCAUUAGAGCAUGGGUGGGAUGGAGAAAUCACUGUCAAAACCAAGAUGUCAGUCAAUAUAUUCGGAACUGUAGAUUGUAAUCGUACGAUUUUGUCUGCUUAUUACCUUGCCUUUUCACUUUGUAUGAGGAGAUAUUCAGAAAGGAUAACUGGUAUUCGUUUUAUUAAUAUAGAGUCAUGUAUUUUAACCAAAGCUGAGGGAGGUGAGCUAAUAGUAACUAACCAUAGGACUGAGAUUGCAUAUAUCGCAAUAAAUACAUUAAGCAAAUGCC